GGCAUCGAUUGCCAGCACAGUCUGCCUCAGUACACCUGGUCUGCCCUCCUCCUGCUCAGACCAUGGCUUUUGGGGACCUCCUGGAGAUGGUUGGAGACCUGGGGAAGUUCCAAGCCAUCCAAAUUUUUCUGCUGUCGAUACCAUCCUUGUUCAUGUCCUGCAAUAAUCUCCUCCAGAACUUCGUGGCCGCUGUCCCCGACCACCGGUGCAGGGUGCGGCUGGGAGGUGAGGAUUCGAGGUACCUCAAUGUGACGGAGGAGCCACUGAGGGAGGAGUUUCUCCGGGUGUUCCUGCCCAUGGACCGGGAAGGGAGGCCGGACAAGUGCCGCAUGUACACCUCCCCGCAGUGGCAUCUCCUGGGCACCAACGAGAUGCAGGGCAACGGGAGCCAACCUGACACACAGGCAUGCACCGAUGGGUGGGUGUACGACCACUCCCAGUUCACGUCGACAAUCGUGACAGAGUGGGACCUCGUGUGUGAUCGGAAGUCUCUGAAGCAGAUGGUGCAGUCCAUCUACAUGGCCGGACUACUGAUCGGAGCCAGUGUCCUGGGCAGACUGGCCGACAAGUAUGGCCGCCGAACCCUGCUGCUAUGGUCGCACUUUGUGAUCGCUGUUUCGGGGACGUGUGGAGCGUUCUCCUCCUCCUUCCCACUCUUCUGCUUCUGGAGAUUUCUGACAGGCGUCGGCGUGUCGGGUGCCAUCAACAAUUGCAUAUCUCUCAUGAUUGAGUGGAUUCCAAUCAGAGUUCGAACGCUUGUUUCGAUGUGUGGUUCCUUCUCUUACACGCUUGGUCAGGUCUUACUGGCCGGGAUUGCCUACGGCAUCAAGGAUUGGCGUUGGCUCCAGCUCUCGGUCUCCAUCCCAUGCGUUGUCUUUUUCGUUUAUUCCUGGUGGCUCUCAGAGUCGGCCCGAUGGCUCAUCGUGAACGGCAAGGAACACAUUGCUCUAAAGCAGCUGAAGAGGGUGGCGAAGAUUAACAGUCGGGAGGCAGAAGGGGAGAGACUCACUGUUGAAAUUCUCAAGGCGAGUGUGGAGAGUGACCAGCUCGCUGCCAAGAAACAGAGUGUGUUCGAUCUGUUCCGGACACCAAUAAUGCGACGGAUCAGCUGUUGUACGAUGGUGGUUUGGUUUUCAACGAGUUUCGCUUAUUACGGGGUGUCCAUCGACCUGCAAGGGUUCGGAGUUAACAUCUACCUCAUCCAGCUCAUCUUUGGAGCCGUGGACAUUCCGGCGAAGAUCGUGGCCUACCUGACGCUGAGACUGAUCGGGAGAAAGUUCACACAGGUCACCUCACUUACACUGGCAGGGUCCACAGUGCUGGCAAACGUCAUUAUUCCUGAAGACCUGCAGACUGUCCGGACCUCGCUCGCUGCCUUUGGCAAGGGAUGUCUCGCAGCCGCCUUCACCUGUUGCUACCUUUAUGCCAGUGAACUCUACCCAACAGUGGUCCGGCAGACGGGAUUAGGGCUCGGAAGUUCCAUGGCCCGGAUGGGCGCAGUGGUGGCACCCAUCAUAAAAAUAAGUGGCGAUUACAUCCCCUUUUUGCCGUCUACGAUAUAUGGCGGAUUGGCUGUAAUCGCAGGAAUAACUGCCUCCUUCCUUCUGGAGACACGGAACAUGCCGUUACCAGAAAUGAUCGGAGAUGUAGAGAACAGAGCCAUGAAGAGAAGAGCCAGCAAAUUGAGGAAUGAAGAUAUCACACUGCAGGAAGCUCAUGCGUUGCUCCUGACACAGAAAGUUGAAGCACACCCUAUCCAGAUUCCGUCGCACCCUGUGGCCACUUAAAGGCAGGUCAGCCAAAAUGGUAUUGACUGGACACGCCGGACAGUUCCCCCUUCUGUUUCGGAUGUUGUGAUGUGGAUGUGCACGGAGAUUAUCUCAUAAAACAAUCAAUAAAAGGAACUGUGGCUCUAAUUUCUCUGAAGUGACGUUGAACUUGAGAUUUUCAUGACUAUGACGGAAAUGUUAAAAGGCAGAGAGGGCUUUGAUGGAAAUGUAAAAAGACCAGAUUCAUGUCAAAUCAGAUUCACACACAAAAUGCUGGAGGACGUCAGCAGGUCAAACAACAUCUAUGAAGGAGAACGAACGGUCGGUGUUUCCGGCUGAGAGUCUUGAAGAAGGAUCUAGGCCAAAAAUAUUGACUCUUCAUUCGUUUCCAAAUGAUGAAUCCUUCCAGCAUUUUGCGUGUGUUCCUCUGGAUUUCCAGCAUCUGCAAACUCUCUUGUGUUUAUGUCGGGUGGCACUGUAUUGUAGAGGCUAGCACAACACUUUACAGUACAGGUAACCAGGGACAAUUCCCAACGCUGUCUGUAAGAAGUUUAAACGUUCUCCCCAUGACUGUGUGGGUUUCCUCCUGGUGCUCUGGUUCCCUCCCACAGCCCUAAGGGUUAACGAUUGGUAGUUUAAUUGGUGAUUGUAAAUUGUCCCAUGAUUAGGCAAGGGUGAAAUUGGGGGUUACUGAGCGGCGCGGCCCAAAGGACAGGAGGGGUCGACUCCACUCUAUAUAAAUGAUGGUGAGUUUCAUCGGUUCAUAGCUCGGAAAUCUGAUGGCAAAGGGGAAGAAGCUGUUCCUGAAGUUUUGACUGGGGGUUGAGGCUCCCUUACCUCAUCCCUGAUGGUAUUAAAGAGAAGAAGGCAUGUCCUGGGUGGUGAGGUUUCUUCAUGGUGGAUGCCGCCUUCUUGAGGAACUGGGCUUUGAAGGUGUUCUCGAAGGUGAGGAGUUUUGUGCCUGUGAUGACAUCAAUGGAGACGAAUAAACGGUUGAAGGUUCUCGGACCAAAACAUCCGCUCUUCAUUUCUCCCUUUCCUUUCCCGUCCAGCAGAAGGGUCUCAGACAUAAAUGUCAGUCGUUUCCAUAGAUGCUGAGUUCCUCCAGCGUUUUGCGUGCGUUGCUCUGGAUUUCCAGCGUCUGUCGAUUCUCUUGUGUUCAGAUUCACGUUGAUUAAUUUACCAGGUGUACAUUGAAACAUGCAGCGAAAUGCAGCAUUAAAAUUAACGGCAAACUCAAGGGUGUGCCGGGGGCAGCUCACGAGUACCAGCGUACUUCCCAGAACCAUCAUCCCAGGCAGAACACCGAAAACGCAGAACACAGCAAAACAAAGGCAAAGCAAACCAUUUUCCUCCUUCACAACCACCUACGCAUUCUCGCACACACACAGCCCUCCGACCCCAGGGCAGGCCGUUGCUGGACUGAGGUUUUAAUCUCUGUGAGUUACAAUGAUGUUUAACUUCUCCGUUAACAGAAUACACUGUGAACUGAGCGGCUUUGAAGUGGGAGGGUCAAAGUUUAUCUUUUGCUCCCUGCUGACUCAGUGACCCUUAACCAUGGCGCCGGCUUUCAUGGCCCCAGUUGACUCAGAAUAAUUCCAAAAAAAUAUGUCCUUGUGGACACCUUUUUCAGACGGGGAGUGAGAUGCUUUUUCCCACCUGUCAGUUCCACCUUCGCUGGAGGCCAUUCUGCUUCGGCUUUGUGCUAGCUCCCUACUGGAUCAAUCCAAUCAGUCCUCUCCGCUGUCCUUCUCUGAAGUCCCAGCCAGACCACUGACUCUUUUGCUGUCUUUCGACAUCAGACCAUAAGCCAGAGGAGCAGAAUCAGGCCAUUCAGCCAAUCGUCUGCUCAACCAUCCCAUCAUGGCCAAUUUAUUAGCCCUCUCUACCCGAAUCUCAUCCCUUCUGCCUGUAACCUUUGACAACCUGACUAACCAAGAACAUAGAAACAUAGAAACAUAGAAAACCUACAGCACAUUACAGGCCCUUCGGCCCACAAAGUUGUGCCAAACAUAUCCAUACCUUAGAAGUUACUAGGGUUACCCAGAGCUCUCUAUUUUUCUAAGCUCCAUGUACCUACGCAAAAGUUUCUUAAAAGACCCUAUCGUAUCCGCCUCCACCACUGUUACCGGCAGCCCAUUCCACGCACUCAACACUCUCUGCGUAAGAAACUUACCCCUCACUUCUCCUCUGUACCUACUCCCCAGCACCUUAAACCUGUGCCCUCUUGUGGCAACCAUUUCAGCCCUGGGAAAAAGACUCUGACUAUCCACACGAUCAAUGCCUCUUAUCAUCUUAUACACCUCUAUCAGGUCACCUCUCAUCCUCCGUCGCUCCAAGGAGAAAAGGCCGAGUUCACUCAACCUAUUCUCAUAAUGCAUGCUCCCCAAUCCAGGUGACAUCCUUGUAAAUCUCCUCUGCACCCUUUCUAUGGUUUCCACAUCCUUCCUGUAGUGAGGCAACCAGAACUGAGCACAGUACUCCAAGUGGGGUCUGACCAGGGUCCUAUAUAGCUGCAACAUUACCUCUCGGCUCUUAAACUCAAUUCCACGAUUGAUGAAGGCCAAUGCACCGUAUGCCUUCUUACCCACAGAGUCAACCUGCGCAGCUGCUUUGAGUGUCCUAUGGACUCGGACCCUACGAUACCCCUGAUCCUCCACACUGCCAAGAGUCUUACCAUUAAUAGUAUAUUCUGUCAUAAUAUUUGACCGACCAAAAUGAACAACUUCACACUUAUCUGUUUUGAACUCCAUUUGUCCACUUCUCAGCCCAGUUUUGUAUCCUAUCAAUGUCCCGCUGUAACCUUUGACAUCCCUCCACUCUAUCCACAACACCCUCAACCUUUGUGCCAUCAGCAAAUUUACUAACCCAUCCCUCCACUUCCUUAUCCAGGACAUUUAUAAAAAUCACGAAGAGUAAGGGUCCCAGCAGAGAUCCCUGAGGCACACCACUGGUCACCUACCUCCAUGCAGAAUAUGACCCUUCUACAACCAUUCUUUGACUGCUGUGGGCAAGCCAAUUCUGUAUCCAUAAAGUCAUGUCCCCUUGGAUCCGAUGCCUCCUUACUUUCUGAAUGAGCCUUGCAUGGGGUACCUUAUCAAAUGCCUUGCCUAAAUCCAAUUACAUGUACACUACAUCUACUGCUUUUCUUUCAUAAAUGUGUUUAAUCACAUCCUCAAAACCUAUCAACCCCUGCUCGAAACACUGUAUACCCAAUGAUCUGACCUCCACAGCCACCCGUGGCAACGAAUUCCAGAGAUUUCCCACACUCCAGUUAAAUAAUUAGUAAUUGGAACAUCAAACGAAACGAAUCCCUUCUGACUGCACAGCAUCCACAUCCCUCUGUUCUGAGCACAUUGAAAAAUUGGUUUGCGAUUGUCACACACACUAAGGUGCAGUGAAAAAUUUGUUGCACAUGAUCCAUUCAGGUCAUAUCAUAAAGCAAAGUAUAUUUUUUAUCAAAGUACGAAUGCCCUGCACAACCCCGAGAUUCGUCUUCCCCACAGACAGCCACAAAACAAAGGAACAUAGAAAAAUAGAAAAACAUUGGGAAAUUAGAGGGAUAUGUGUAAGGUUAGUAUUUUCAGACGUAGGGACAUGUUCGGCACAACUUUUUGGGCCGAAGGACCUGUAUUGUGCUGUUGGAUUUCUGUGUUUUUAUGGUCCUAAACACCCUGGAGCCCGUUCAAAGAAAACCUCGGAAACCAAAUGCACAAAAACUGAACAAAUCGCGCAAAAAGGAAACAAAUGAGUGAAAGACAGUAAAGAUAAAACAUCGAACCGCAGAGUCAUUGAAUCAGUCUCCAAUGUUCUGUCCUGUUCAGUUCAGUUCAGUUCAACUUAGCGCGUGUUUACAGCGCUCAUACGACCAUCCACCACCUGCUCCCACGGCUUCACAUGAUCCUGAUCGGAUGACUAAACAGGUGCUACACAUUGUCCAAGGGUGAUCUGCAGGCUAGGGGAAGGAAGGGAUGCCUUACACCUCCUUUGGUAGGGACCGUAUCUCCACCCCACCUCCCAAUAAAUAGGUAGGUUAGCCUGUAUGGGUAGAUUGAUUGUAUGUCUCACAGCAGAAGUGGUUAAGGCAGGUUCGAUGUUGUCAUUUGAAGUUAAAUUGGACAGCUAUAUGGACAGGAAAGGAAUGGAGGGUUAUGGACUGAGUGCAGGUCGGUGGGACUAGGUGAGAGGAAGAGAUGGGCUGAGAUGGCCUGUUUCCAUGCUUUAAUGGUUAUAUCAUGGUUAUAUAAUGGUGCGGUCAUGUUUGCUGUUGUGUGCUGGGGCAGCAGGCUGAGGGUAGCAGACACCAACAGAAUCAACAAACUCAUUUGUAAGGCCAGUGAUGUUGUGGGGAUGGAACUGGACUCUCUGACGGUGGUGUCUGAAAAGAGGAUGCUGUCCAAGUUGCAUGCCAUCUUGGACAAUGUCUCCCAUCCACUACAUAAUGUACUGGGUGGGCACAGGAGUACAUUCAGCCAGAGACUCAUUCCACUGAGAUGCAGCACAGAGCGUCAUAGGAAGUCUUUCCUGCCUGUGGCCAACAAACUUUACAACUCCUCCCUUGGAGGGUCAGACACCCUGAGCCAAUAGGCUGGUCCUGGACUUAUUUCAUAAUUUACAUAUUACUAUUUAAGUAUUUAGGGUUCUAUUACUAUUUAUUAUUUAUGGUGCAACUGUAACGAAAACCAAUUUCCCCCGGGAUCAAUAAAGUAUGACUAUGACUAUAUGGUUAUAUAGUAUCCAUUGAGAGUACUGCUGCUACUCCAGUCACCCCCUAGGCGCCUCGGAAGUAAGAUCAGUGCCCUCAGUACUGCUUCAUCGCUGUAGCCUGUGGCCACCUUCUCUCCCCUCAGCCUUGAGCUGACUCUGGCUGUACACUCACUUUCAGGGGACACUGCAGUUCAUGUUUUGUGUUCUAUUCACUUACAUUUCAAAAAUUGUUUACACAAUUUGUUCUUUAUUUUCUGGAGGUUUGCAAGAAGUUGAAUCUCAAGUUCAAAGUGCAUUAAUGAUCAAUGUAUGUUUAAAGUUUACAUAAAUGCACUUUGAACUUUGGGGCAAUGUCAUCAGUCCCAUCCCCUCCCUUAUCUCCCUGAGGCACGGCAUCUCAAUCUCACUCAUGUUACGCCCUUCCACUCAAAGUCGAAGUCAAGUUCAUUGUCACAUCCACAAGUAUGUUUAUGUACAGGGACGAUGACACACAGCUCCAAAACACAACUUUCAGAAGUAGUGCAAGAUAACAUUUUAAACUGAGGUUGGUUCAUUUGUCAAGAAUAUCACAAGAUGCAGUGAAAUGUGGAGUAUCAAUGUAAAAGACAUGCUUGCAUAAUAUUGUAUACCUUGAUCAAUCUUCUCCCCAUUCUCCUAUGCUUCACGAAAUAACGUCCCACCGCAUUCAACAUUUCCCGAUAACUCAGGUCCUCAAGUCCCGGUAACAUCCUUGCAAAUUUUCUCUGCGCUCUUUCAAUCGUAUUGAAACACCAACGCCUUUGAACGGAAAAUCCUCCAAAAGGUAGUGGAUCUGGCCCAGUACAUUACGGGUAAAGCUCUCCCAACCCUUGAGCAUAUCUACAUGAAAAAGUGUCACAGGAAAGCAGCACCCACCACCUUGGCCAUGCUCUCUUCUCACUGCUGCCAUCAGGUAGAAGGUACAGGAGCCUCAGGACUCACACCGCCAGGUUCAAGAACAGCUCAACCAUCAGGCUCUGAAUUAAAAUGGGAUAACUAUUCAUUGGGUGCAUAGUCAGAAGCUUUUCCCCAGGGUUGAAAUGGCUGACACGAGAGCGCACGAUUUUAAGGUGCUUGGAAGUAACUACAGAGGAGAUGUCAGGGGUAUUUUUUUACGCAGCGAGUGGAAUGUGCGUGGAAUCUGCUGCAAGUGAGGGUGGUGGAGGCAGAUAUGAUUGGGUCUUUAAAAGGACUCCUGGAUAGGUACAUGGAGCUCAGAAAAAUAGAGGGCUGUGGGCAACCUUAGGUAAUUUCUAAUUAAGUACAUGUUCGGCACUGCAAUGUGGGCCGAGGAACCUGUAUUGUGCUGUAGAUUUUCUAUAUUUCUACGUUUCAAACUACACUCCCUUGCCCAUCUAUUGAGAUGCUCCCACAACCAAUAAUCUCACUUUAAGGACUCUUUUUCUCACUAUCUUAUGUUCUCAUUAUCUAUUGCUAAUUAUUUACAUCUGCAUUUGCACAAUUUGUUGCCUUCUGCACUCUUUCAUUGAUCCUGUUAUACUUACUAUUCUAUAGAUUUGCUGAGUAUGCCCGCAAGAAAAUGA